AUGAAUUUUCACAUCUAUGGCGUCUCCAGCUUCAUCUUCUACACAAUCUUCACUGUUCUUGUCAUCACAAGUGCCGCAUUGAAAGUAAAUCAAAAUCCAUUAGCAAAGAACUCGGUUGCAGGGUCCCCAAACUCAGUCCAGAUAAACUCCAACUCAGUUCUUGUAGCCCUUCUGGACUCUCACUACACCGAGUUAUCAGAACUCGUGGAGAAAGCACUUUUGCUGCAAACCCUUGAAGAAGCAGUUUCGAAACAUAAUAUUACCAUCUUUGCUCCCAAGAAUGAGGCUUUGGAAAGGGAUUUGGAUCCCGAGUUUAAGCGAUUUUUACUCGAGCCGGGGAAUCUUAAAUCGCUACAAAAUCUUUUGCUUUUUCAUAUGAUUCCGACUCGCAUUGAGUCGACUCGCUGGCCGGUGGAGGUAGAAAAACCCAAUCAUCAUAACAGCUUGGUCCGGGAUUCCAAUGGCGAAACACUUCAGGUGGUUGAAAAAAAUGGUGAAAAACUUGUAGGCAUGGCCAAGAUUAUAAAACCUGAUGAUAUAACCCGACCCGAUGGAAUUAUCCACGGCAUUGAGAGAGUUUUGAUCCCAAAAUCCGUUCAACAAGAUUUCAAUACUCGCAGGAGUUUGAGGUCCAUUUCUGCCGUGCUUCCGGAGGGAGCACCGGAAGUUGACCCAAGAACACACAGACUAAAGAAACCAGCACCGGUUCCCGCCGGAGCGCCUCCUGUUCUACCCGUUUACGAUGCCAUGGCACCCGGUCCGUCUCUGGCACCGGCGCCAGCUCCGGGCCCAGGUGGACCCCACCACCACUUCGAUGGGGAGAGCCAGGUGAAGGAUUUCAUCCAAACUCUUCUACAUUACGGUGGCUACAAUGAAAUGGCCGACAUUCUUGUAAAUCUCACAUCUUUAGCAACCGAAAUGGGACGAUUAGUCUCUGAAGGUUACGUAUUAACAGUUUUAGCUCCAAAUGAUGAGGCCAUGGCGAAAUUGGCUACAGAUCAGUUGAGUGAACCAGGGGCGCCGGAGCAAAUAAUGUAUUAUCAUUUGAUACCGGAGUACCAAACGGAGGAAAGCAUGUACAACGCCGUGAGGCGAUUCGGGAAAAUCCGGUAUGAUACUCUCCGGCUGCCGCACAAGGUGGUGGCGGAGGAGGCUGAUGGGUCGGUGAAAUUUGGACAAGGUGAAGGCUCUGCUUAUUUGUUCGAUCCCGAUAUUUAUACAGAUGGGAGAAUUUCUGUUCAAGGGAUUGACGGGGUUUUAUUCCCUGUUGAGGAAAAUAAGGCUGAGCCGUCUAAACCCGCCUCCACCGUUGCUAAGGUUGUCGGAAAACCAAGAAGAGGGAAGUUAAUGGAGGUGACAUGCAGUGUGCUUGGGGCCAUUGGUCAUUUUUCUAGCUGUCACUGA